AUGGGCGGCGAGUGGUGGAGGAAGAAGUGGGUGGCGUGGGCGGCGGCGGCGGGCAUCUUCGUGGUGCUCAUGCUCGUCACGCCCGCCAUCCCGCAGGACGAGGACUACCACGACUUCGCCGACCAGCGCGUCCUCUUCCUCGGGAUCCCUAACACAUUGAAUGUGAUCUCAAAUAUCCCCUUCCUCUUUGUCGGUCUCGCGGGGCUCAUCCUGUGCCACUACAAAAACUACUUCAGGCUAUGCUCACAGGGGGAGCUCUGGAGUUGGACACUCUUCUAUGCUGGUGUCACUGCUGUCGGUGUUGGUUCAUCCUACUACCAUCUCUACCCAAACGAUGCCACCUUAGUUUGGGACAGAUUGCCUAUGACGAUUGCUUUCACGUCUAUCGUGGCCAUUUUCAUCAUUGAAAGGGUUGAUGAUAGGGCAGGAACAAAGUCCCUUGCACCCCUUGUUAUUGCUGGUGCACUGAGCAUCCUGUACUGGAGUUUCUUUGAUGAUCUUCGGCCAUAUGCAAUAAUCCAGUUCGUUCCAUGCAUUGUAAUACCUGUGAUGGCUAUAGUUAUUCCACCAAUGUAUACACACUCAAGCUACUGGUUGUGGGCAGCAGGAUUUUACCUUCUUGCCAAAGUAGAAGAGGCUGCGGACAAACCUAUAUAUAGGUGGAUACAUGACAUUGUUAGCGGACAUACUCUUAAGCAUCUAUGUGCUGCGAUGGUACCUGUUUUCUUGACUCUGAUGUUGGCAAAGAGGACAAUUGAACCUGACAGGGUAAGCUUACUCCAGAUGUGGAAGAUCAGUUGGAGAGAACGCGGUUCCAAAGAUAGCAACACUGUAGAUGUCAAAUAUGGUUAUGCUGCAGUUUCAACUACGUCUGAACAACAGUAG